AUGACGACGACGAAGAAGAAGGAGGAGGAGGAGGAGGAGGAGGAGGAGGAGGAGGGCAGCGAUGGCAGUGUCAGCGGCGUCUGGAGCAUCUGGAGCAUCAGCAGGAGCGUCGCGGAGCUGUUGGACGGCGGCAGUAGUCUGGUGGCCGAGGUGAGCGCCAGCAGGACGACGGCGGCGGCGGUGGACAGGAGGGCGGAGGAGGUUGCAGAAGCAGGGCGGCGGCAGCGGCGGCGUCUGCUGCUUCUACCACCACCAUUACCCGCACCGCCAUCGAGAACGGCCGUGCCAGACACCAGGCAACAACAACAACAACGACAUCAACGACAACGACACCAAUCCGCGCUCCAACACUCACCACCAGCUCCCUCCUCCCUCCCCCGCCCCCGCCCCCGCACACCCCCAGACUCCCUCCUCUCCCCCACCGGCACGAUCCGCAUCCUCACCCGCUCCGGCGCCUGGCGCAAACACCCGCACCCGCACCACCGCGGCGGCGGCGGCAAACACGGCGCCCUCUUCGCGGCCGCCUCGCGCCUCCGCCCCUACAUUAAAAGCGAGCCCGACCUCUCGCGGACGUCGUCCGGCCCGCCCGUCCGCGCCAUCGCGCGCAUGUGGGCGGCGAGGAGCGGGCCGCUGGCGGGGCCGAGUCCGUUGGCGUUGAGGGUGCUGCAGUGGGUUGUGGAGAAUGGGGAGGGAGGAGAUCGGCUGGGUGAUGAUCGGGGUGUUGGAGGGGGAGGAGGAGGGGGAGGAGGAGGGGGAGGAGGAGGACGAGGUGGUAGGCGAGAUGGUGGGGGAGUCGAGAGGACGUGGGAAGGGGAGUAUAUCGAUGACUUGCCGCUGGUGAAGGCGGGGGAUGGGUUCGCGGGGGUGACGGUGAGGGAGCAGUGCAGGCUGAUGGCGGUGAAGGGGCAGAUGUUUGGGGGGUGGGGGGAGAGGGUUUGGGCGGAGACGAGGCAGUGGGCCGGGGGAGGGGCCGGGGAGGAGGAGACGGAGACGAGGAGUUUGUGGAGUGGUGGGGAGGUUUCUGAUGAGGAAGGGGGGUUGGGGCGGAUGAGGAGGAGUAAUGGGUCGGGACAGGGUGUGUUUCUGAAGGGGUAUGAGGAUCCGGAGAUGGAGGGCAAGGUUGAGGCGUAUCGGAAGCAUGUGGAGGCGCUGAGGGUGGAAAGAGAGCGUGGUGAGGGUUAUGCUGGCCAGGACUGUGGUAGUGUGGAUAAUGUGACAAGGGAGGAUUGA